AUGAUUCUUCCGCAUCUGUUUGGCCUGUUGGCCGCCACUGCUGGCCUCGCUAAGGCUGUUAAUAUAACCGGUUACGAAUACGUUGUCGUUGGUUCUGGUGCCGGUGGUGGUCCUUUGGCUGCUCGUCUUGCUCUGGCUGGCCACAAGACGCUGCUGCUUGAAGCUGGUGAUGACCAGGGUCAAACAUUCAACUAUAGCAUCCCUGCCUACUCGGCCAGAGCCUCCGAGGAUGAGAAGCUUUCAUGGAACUUCUUUGUUCAUCACUAUGCCGAUGACGAGCGCCAGGCUCGCGAUUACAAGACUACCUACGAAACCCCCAGUGGCGAGCUAUACACUGGCCUGAGUCCUCCUGAAGGCUCCAAGUUGAUGGGAACUCUCUACCCUCGUACUGGUACCCUCGGAGGAUGCACUGCCCACAAUGCCUUGAUCGCUGUCUACCCCCACCAGUCCGACUUUGAAUACAUCUCAACCUUGACUGGUGACAGCUCUUGGUCGCCGGAUAAUAUGCGCAAGUACUUCACCAAGCUGGAGAGGAACCACUACUUGCUCCCCGGCAUGGAGGGUCACGGUUACGGUGGCUGGCUCCAGACCGAGACUGCUCCUCUGAGCAUUGUCCUCGAGGACCCCCAGCUCCUCAGCAUGCUUACCGGUGGUGCCUUUGCUCUUGGUAACUUGACCGAUAAUGUCAUCAACAUUGCUACCCUGCUGGCCGGCGAUGCCAAUGCUGAUACCACCACUCGUGAUACCGUCUCUGGCUACUAUCAAAUUCCUAUCUCGACCGACGACGCCCACCGUAACGGUGCCCGUGAAUUCAUUAUCGCUGUGCGAGAUGCCAAGAACCUUGACGGCACCAAGAAGUACCCUCUCGAUGUUCGCAUGAACACCCACGUUACCAAGGUGACGUUCGACGAGACCGUUAGCCCGCCCCGUGCUACUGGUGUCGAGUUCCUCGAUGGCCGGCAUCUCUACAAGGCUAGCCCCCUGUCAAAGACCGCCGCUGCUGGUAUCCCUGGCUCAGCCACUGCUUCCCGUGAGGUCAUCGUUGCCGGUGGUGUCUAUAACUCUCCCCAGCUCCUCAAGCUGAGUGGUAUCGGUCCCGCCGACGAGUUGAACAAGUUCGGUAUCAAGGUCAUCUCCGAUCUCCCCGGUGUCGGCACCAACCUCCAGGACCACUACGAAAUCUCCGUCCAGGGCAGAAUCGAGGAGGACUUCUCCUGCCUGAACGGCUGCACCUUCAGCAUCCACGACGAGGCCGACCCCUGCAUCAACCGCUGGGAGACUCCCAUCCUCGGCGACCGCGGCAUCUACUCCUCCCCCGGUCUCGCCGCCACCAUGCUGUACAAGAGCUCCGUUACAGCCGAUGACAGCUUCGACAUCUUCUGCUUCGGUGGCCCCGUCAACUUCCGCGGCUACUUCCCCGACUACAGCAUCAACGCCACUGACGAGCACAACUGGUUCACCUGGGCUAUCCUGAAGGCUCACCCCCGCAACACCGCCGGUACUGUUGCCCUGCAGUCCGCUGAUCCCCUCGACAUGCCCAAGAUCACUUUCAACUACUUCGACACCGGUGUCGGCGACUACGACGCCGAUCUGACCGCUCUCUACGAAGCCAUCGAGCUCGCCCGUGACGCCUUUAAGCGUCAACUCGUUAACGUCACCGAGGUUCUCCCCGGUGCUGCCGUGACUUCCAAGGAAGAUGUCGAGACAUACGUUAAGGAUGCUGCUUGGGGCCACCACGCCUCGUGCACCUGUCCAAUUGGUGCUGAUGGUGAUCCCAUGGCCGUGUUGGACUCUAAGUUCCGUGUCCGUGGUGUCUCUGGUCUUCGUGUGGUUGACGCCUCCGUCUACCCCAAGAUCCCGGGUACUUUCACGGCCGUGUCUACCUACAUGGUUGCUGAGAAGGCGGCUGAUGAGAUCCUGAGCGAACUUGCUGCUAGCUCUUGA